AUGUCGCGUCCGGCCGUGGAAGUAACAAGGCUUCCAAGGUCGUCAUCCGGCGAAACGCUGAAGAUCGGUACUUGGAAUGUGAUGUCAAUGUUGAAGAAGGAGAAGAUUGAAAAUGUUAAGAUAGAGAUGGCAAAAAAUAACCUAAAUGUGCUGGGAUUAGCAGAAGUGAGAUGGAAAGAACAAGGUGAUUUCUGGUUAGAGAAAUACAGGAUCAUUCAUUGUGGUAAUGCAAAAGGAGGUGCAAAUGGUGUGGCUAUUAUAUUAGAUGAGAAAACAGGAAAGCGAGUCAAUAAAGUGGUUCAACACAGUGACAGACUCAUACUAGUGAAAAUAGAGGCGAAACCAGUGGAUAUCGUAAUAGUACAAGUCUAUAUGCCUACUUCAGCAGGUGACGACGAAGAAGUGGAUAAAGUUUAUGAGCAAAUUGAUGAACUAGUUGCAAUAGAAAAAGCCAGUGACUAUUUAAUAAUCACGGGCGAUUGGAACGCUGUAAUUGGUGAAGGCGUUGAUGGAAAGGAAGUUGGCAAUUUUGGACUGGGAAAGAGAAAUGAAAGAGGAGAGAAACUAGUAGAGUUCUGUAGAGAAAAGAAAUUGAUGGUGACAAACACCUGGCUUAUGCAAGAAAAGAGAAGGAGAUACACGUGGAAGAGCCCUAGCGGAAAAGAUCGGUACCAAUUGGAUUACAUUCUGGUAAAUCAAAGAUUCAGCAAUAGCGUGAGGAAGUCAUGUAGUUAUCCAGGAGCAGAUGUUAGCUCAGAUCACAAUUUGAUUAUGAUGAGAAUAAGAGUAAAAUUAAAAGUACUCAAAAAGGCCUCGGUCCGUAGAAAAUGGAAUCUGGAGCUAUUGAAGCAUGAUAGUGGCGGUUUUCGGAAUGAGAUUGAAUGUAGGAUGGAGAAGAUGAAGGGACGGAAAUCGAUAAAUGAAAGCUGGAAUUAUUUGAAAGAGAGUAUCAUAGAAAGUGCAAAAGUAACCAUAGGAUAUGACCCUAGGACUAGAAUUAAGAAACCAUGGAUAACCGAUGAAAUGAUUGAAAAAAUGGAAGAGAGAAGGAAAUGGAAAGGUAUUAACACUGAAGAUGGAAGAAAAAUGUAUCGAAAAUUGAAUAAUGAGCUCCGGAGGAUUACUGACAAGGCAAAUGAGGAUUGGUGGAAAAGGGAGUGCAAUGAACUUGAGUUGCUUAACAAACAGGGCAAAGCAGACUUAGUAUAUUCGAUGGUGAAGAAGCUGACAGGUAGCAAGAAAGCCCAGAGUAAUAUUCAUACAAUAAAGAAUAAAGAUGGCACGCUACUAACAGAUCCGAAGUUAGUGAGACAAAGAUGGAAAGAGUAUAUUGAAGAGCUGUACGACCAAGAUGGUAAGCCCACGGAGGAAGAGAUAGAUUUAGAAAGCGAAAUGGAUGUGGAAGUAGAUAACGUAGGCCCUGGAAUUCUGGAAGACGAAAUUGAAGCAGCGAUAAGUCAAAUGAAAGACAGGAAAGCCUAA